CUACAAUUCAGAAUUAGUAGUUAACUUAUUGGAAAAUAAUGCUGUUGAAUAUUUCCAGUACAUUCUGUUUAAUCUUAAACUGCUUUGCUGUAUUUUAACAUGGGAGCUUCGAACUCUGUUGUGCAUAACAGGAGACAUAGAGGUCAGUUUAUCUGUAAUAGUAUGAAUACUUUGGAGGAGCGAUUGUGAGUAUUCAAAUGGACAGCGUACCUGCUGUCACAGAGAACUAUUGAUUGAAGCAGUACUGGGAAGGCGUGUUGCACAGUGAGGCGGAUAGAUGGUUGUGUAGCAUUGGGAGCUGUGACGUACCGAGCUAAGAAAAGACUGCCGCACUUUAGGAGCCUCCAUUCGACUCUGUCCUGCUGUCGGAGACAGUGUCGGUAUGCUGCACCUCCAUAUGUUUUACCGAAGGAAACACUCUCAACUUUAUAGCCGAAUGGCGCCGUUUGUGCAGUGGAUGUUGCUGUGGUUCUACUACAUUGAAGCCUCCUCGGAGGAAGUAUAUGGAAGAGCCUCAAACCUAGACAAAAGCAAGUUAUCCAAGUUGUUGGGUAAAAACAUAUUUAUUCUGCAAAGCGAGCACCUUGGCACAUGUAUAAAUGUGGCAGACCAGGAGCUUACACUUGAAGACUGCAAACAGCCAUCAAGCAGUAUGCUGUGGAAAUGGGUAUCAAAGCAUCGGCUUUUCCAUUUAGACAGCAGCAUGUGUCUUGGACUUGAUAUCAAUAAUCAACAACGACCAUUAAAAUUAUAUAGCUGCGAUUCAACAAUAGGAAUAUUGUGGUGGCAUUGCAUUGGUAAGGUGUUAACUGGUGCUUCCCACUAUAAACUAGCCGUUGGACGAGGACAACAGGUUGUAGCAGAAAGAACGAUCUAUGACAGAUGGAAAAGGUACAUGACUCAGGAUGAAGGUCCCUGUGAGCAUCCUUAUGAAGAAAUUCAUACAGUACUGGGAAGCUCCAGAGGAAUGCCUUGUGCUCUGCCAUUUAAAUAUAAUAAUAAAUGGUACCAUGAGUGUACUGAUGAAGGAAGAGAGGAUAAGCUCCUUUGGUGUGCAACUACCAGCAGUUAUGAUAUUGAUGAAAGAUGGGGAUUCUGCCCAAACUUAGAUCCAGGAUGUGAUUUGAUAUGGGAGAAGGAUCCUGUUUCACAGACUUGCUACCAGUUUAAUCUCUUUGCUCUUCAAUCUUGGAAUGAGGCCCGUGCUUCUUGUCAGGCACAAGAAGGAGAUUUAUUGACUAUAAAAGAUCAUGAGGAACAGGAAUACAUAAAUAAACAUUUGCAAAAUGUUGGAAUUCUGGCAUGGAUAGGGCUAAAUCAUUUGGAUGAAGAUGCUGGAUGGCAGUGGGCAGAUGGAUCACCCUUGAGCUUUGUAAAUUGGGAUACAGAUCAGCCCCAGGAGUCUUUACUUGGAGCGUACCAUUGUGGGAUACUAAGUUCUAAAUUAGACUACCGUUGGAGUAGCUUUGUCUGUGAGACAGCCCUGCCUUAUAUUUGUGAAAAAACAAUGAACUCUACAAGAACGGUGAAACCCUUUGAAUUCUGGCAGUACAGGGCUACUCGCUGUGAUUCUGGCUGGUUUCCUCACAAUGGCUUCUGCUACAAAAUGUAUAAAGAAGAUCUGAGCUGGAAGGAUGCUCUAACAUACUGUCAGUUAAAUGGAAGUGAACUUGUUAGUAUGCACUCCUUGGCAGAUGUGGCUGUCCUCAUAAAAUUAUUUAUAAAUGAAACUGUGUCAGAGGUUUGGACUGGACUAACCAAUAACGGAACACCAGCUGUUUUUACAUGGUCAGAAGGAUCUCCUGUGACGUUUACUUACUGGCAUAAGAAUGAACCAAGCAUUCCAUAUAACACCACACAACACUGUGUGUCAUUGCAGAAGAUGAACGGCCAGUGGAAAGUUGAAGACUGUGAGGAAAAAAUGUGGAGCAUCUGUAAAAAACCAGGAAAAGUAGAGCAAGAUGGAAAGAUAAAAAGUUGUUCUAAGGAAUGGAAAAGAUAUGAAGACUCCUGCUAUAAGAUUGACAAUUACCUACAAACCUAUGAUGAAGCUUCAAAAAGAUAUCGUUGUUCCCUUGUUACCAUUGAAAACAGAUUUGAACAAGCUUUCAUUAACAGUUUGAUCAGCAAUUUUGCCAAAGAAGAAAAUAAAUACUUCUGGAUAGGUCUUCAGGAUAGGAACCAUACAGAAGAAUAUACUUGGUUAACAACAGACGAUAAGAAAAUACCAGUUUCCUUCACAAAUUGGAAUAAAAAUCAACCAGCUUAUUCAGGUGGUUGUGUUGCAUUGGUAAGAGAAAAAUCUCAUAUACUUUGGGAAGUUAAAGAUUGUAAAACCUUCAAAGCCAUGUCUCUGUGUGAGGAAAAAGUUACAUCUGGUGUAAAAGUGGAAUCCUUCCCUAGUCAAACCAAGAAGGCUAACACUAAAUGUCACUUUGGAUGGGAAUCAAGAUCAGACCUUCGCAACUGCUUCAAGGUAUUUCAUCGUGAGAAAGUGUUAAGAAAGAGAACUUGGGAAGAAGCAGAACAAUUUUGUCAAGCAUUUGGAGCCCAUCUUGCAAGUUUUAACCAUUACAGUGAGGAAGUUUUUCUGAAUGAAAUUUUGGGAUGGAUGUUUGCUAGGGAAGAAGAAAGAUGGUUUUGGAUUGGGUUUAACAAAAGGAAUCCAACUUCUUCUGGCUCCUGGAAGUGGAGUGAUGGCAGUCCAGUUGUUUCUCUGUUUUCACUGGACAAAGAUAAAGAUGAUGAUGUCAGAAUCUGUGCUGCUUACAAAUUUGAUAAAACCCUUGCACCUUUUCGAUGUGAUGAAAAGUUGGGAUGGGUUUGCAAAAUGCCAAAAGGAGCUGAACUGAAAAAAACAGACUGGUAUGUUGAUGAAGAGCAGCUUGCAUUCGGACCUUGGUUCUUCUUUCAAGGAGCUGAGUAUUUGUUCUUUGAAACAGAAGGGAAGUGGCUUGCAGCUGCUGUGGCUUGCAGCCUGAUGGGUAGCAACUUGGUUUCAAUAACUAGUCCUAAAGAACAGGACUUCAUUAAAAGCAGAAUAAAAAAGCUUUUAACAAGUGGACAGGAAAAGUGGUGGAUUGGAUUAUAUGCAGAAAAUCCCAAAACUGGAUUCUGCUGGAUAGAUGAUUCAUCAUUGUAUUACAACAACUGGGAUGACAACUAUCCAAGCCGGUUGCAUAAACAUAGUGGCAGAUGUGUUUACAUGUCAUCAAAAACAGGGCGUUGGGGUGACAGCAAAUGCUUUCUAUCUCUUCCUUUCAUCUGUAAACGUCACAAUAUAUCACUGGUGGAGGUUCACACAACUGAGCGUUACCUGCCAGACAUCUCGUGUCCAAAAGGUUGGCUGUAUUUUGAACAUAAGUGUUUCCUGGUUUAUGUACCAAAGGACAAAAGUCAACUAAAGCAUUGGUAUUCUUCUCAAAUGUUCUGCACCAUACAUGGAGGGAAUCUUGCUACAAUAGAAAAUGAAAUAGAACAAGCAUUUUUAACAAUCCAGCUUCUGGAAAGAUCAACAAGUGUUUGGAUAGGUCUACACAGUGAUAACUUUGAACGUUGGGUGAAUGGGAAGCCUGUAAAGUAUACAAACUGGUUACCAAAUGAGCCAGCACGAGAUACUGUAGACCCUUAUAAAUAUGAUCCCACGUCAGAACAUAGUAACAGUCCUAUCUUACAAGAGGAGUCAAAGAGAUGUGCUUUAUUGUCCAACAGUCAUGCUCAUCAUUCCACUGGAAAAUGGUACACAAGAACUUGCAACACAAAUCAUUAUGGCUUUGUUUGUCAAAAGAACCCAGAUAAAUCCAUCCAUAAUAUCAAUAAAUCAUCUGUGUAUCAAAUUCCUGAUACAUUUGCAUAUGGAAAUUACACAUAUAAACUAAUUAAGAAGAACUUAACAUGGUAUGAAGCAUUAAAUGAAUGCAAACAAAGAGAAACUGAACUGGUCAGCAUCACAGAUCAAUAUCACCAAGCUUUUCUCACAAUUAUUGUGAAUAGGCUGUCUCAUCCGCAUUGGAUAGGACUUUCUAGCUCAGAUGAUGGCAAAAGCUUUACUUGGUCAGACGGUAAUGGCAUUGUUUUCACUCAUUGGGCAGUAGAAGGUCCUCAUUCAUCUCAUGAUUGUGGGUACAUGGAUACAAAUGGCUACUGGAAGACCACUGACUGUGAAACUCGACUCCAGGGAGCUGUUUGCCAGAUUUUAGAAACUGCAAUAUCAAGUUCACCUGCUCACAAAGUGGAAUGCCCGAAUAUUGCUGAAGGUUUACCCUGGAUUCCAUUUCGAGGCAAUUGUUAUCUUUUUGACCUGGUUUUAUACAAUUCUUCAAGCCUAACAAUAGAAGAAGCUAAAGACCUUUGCGGAAACCUGGCUACAAAAUCUUUCAUAUUACAUAUUAAAGAUGAAGAGGAAAACAAUUUUAUUCUUCAACAAGUAAAACCAUACAGCCACAUUGCAGAUGUAAUCUGGUUGGGUAUCAUGUUUGAUAUCAAUGAUAAUACAUUGAAAUGGUUUGAUGGUACCCCAAUAACAUAUUCAAACUGGGGUGCAGAAGAGCCUAAUGCAAAUCAUCUCUCAGUUAAUUUCUGUGCUGCAAUGAGAUCCUCAGAUGGUACAUGGUUUCUGAUUGAUUGUGAAGAGAGCGUUGGGACAGUUUGUCAAACAGAUUUGAGUGGAAAUGCUUACAUCCCAAAACAACAUGAAUACCAAAUAGGAAAUGCAACAGUGCUCAAAAUAGUGAUAGCAUUGCUGAUAACUCUGGUCAUCACAGUGGGUGCAGUUGUUGUGUGGUAUCUAUGGAAGCGGAAUCAACCUUCUUUCAGAAAUGCCUAUUAUAGACAAUCUGCCCCUGAAGCGACUGACAAUGAUGGAAAUAUUCUCAUUUCUACAUUUGAAAGGAAUAGUGGAAAUUAAACAAGUGAGUUGAUAAUAUCCAUAGUUACAAGAAUGUCUUGUUGGAUUAAGGUAGUGAUAGAUAUAAAUGUUCAACAAUUAUUGGUCAUUUAAUCACAAGUAUGUUGAAAUCAUUGUUAUACAAUGUGAAUGCAGUUUUCUGCACAUUGUGCAUUCAGUACAUGGAUUGUAUUCUCACUAAUAUUUUCAAGGCCAAGUAGUGGGCAUCGAUUAGCCUAUAAUUUUUACUAAAAAAUUCAGUGCUUCUGUUAUUAAGUACUGCAUGUAACAGGUUAUCUUAUUUGUGUUCUCAAGUUUGAUGACUUUUCAUGUAGGUAUCUAUGCAGCUGGAAAUACCUCUUGUCUGGGGUCCUUGUGUACAAAUUAUGUGCAUUGAUUCAAAAUGGUAAUCCAUUUUGGCAUGUGCUUGCAGUGCUAGAAUGUGGUGCAACUUCUGUUGUUGUUCAGUCAUUGAUUGAAUUCCCUUUUUAUUCUACCAAAUCAAGAGUGGAUAUUCUAAAAUUUGAGUUAGUUGGAAAUAGGAUAAUUGUUGGAACAUGCGGAAGGAGAUCUAACCACUUCACAUUUAAAUAUAACCAGUCAUUUUGCCGCCAACAUGUUCUCAUUAGUCAAGCACCUCAGCUGGUGUUCCUCCAGUAGGGAGUCAUGUCUUGUCCAUGUAGGAUAACAGCAUUUUAAAUAUAAUCAUUAAGUUAAUGGACAGAAAAUGACUGAUGUAUACCAUUUGCAUUGUAAGUUCUUGUAUCAUUUUGGCAGAGGGAAUUAUAAUCUCCUCCCCACCAUUCCACCCUGACCAAUUGUAUUUGGCAGUUAGGAAAGAAGAUUGAUGUUGCCGCCAUGUGUUAUAUAUGUUUAGAAUUAAAACUUUUGAAUUGAAGUUAUGUGUGAACUAGAUUAACAGUACAUUCAUUAAUGAUAUUGAUAUGACCCUUCAGUCUCUUCAUUUGAAAAUUUAUGCAAUUUUUAGGAACUUUUCUGCAAAGUAAUGCAUUUCUUCUGGUUUAAUUACAAUGUGCAAUCACAGCUGAAGCUGAACAUCAAGUCUAAAUAUUUUAAGGUUCACUUUUUAAGCACUUUCAAAUAUUAAAAGAAAUUGAGUGAACAUAUUAUAUUGCACUUGUCACUUGCAAUUAAAGAAUUCAAAUUUCACAUACUACAGGUGGUUUUGCUCUAAUUUCUACAUCCAGAAACACAAAUGGACUGUUUACUCCUUAAUCCCAUAUGGUGAAGACUAACUCUGCAAACACAAAGCUCAUUGAAGCUAUAUCUGUAGAACAUUUAUUUCUAAUUAUAAAUGGCAUGGAAACAUUUGAGAUACAAUACUUAUAAUUGUGCUAUUGAAACUUGUCAGAAGUAAUUUAUAAUAUUUUUAUUUAAAUUAUACUGUUUUCUCAUUAAGUUCUUGGGUAACAAUUGCUAUCACUGAAAGAGUCAUUUGAUUCUGCAUUAAAUUGAAGAUGCACAUAAAAGUUAAUGUACAUGCCAGAAGUUAUUCUAAAUAAAUGCUUUCAGGUGUGAUUCAUUCAUGCAUAAAAUUUCUGAUUUGUCCAUACCCAACAGCAUAGAUACAGUCCACGGAUAGACUCCAUUUAUAAAGGAACAGGACGGGCUGUUCAGUCAUUUGUUUAUUUUGCCAUUUUAAUCAUGUCUUGACUGAACUCUAACUCUAGUUUAUCUCCAGUUUGUUCUGAGUCCUUUUAACAAAAGUUCGAUCAAAAUUUAUAUCGAAGAAACCCUUUGAGGAAAAUUGUCUUGUUAUCCUUGUACAAAUAAAACUUGGUUUCAUUCUUAAUUGAUAGGACUGCAAUCUUUUAAGAUUACGCCACUUGUUCUGGAUUCUGACACUGCAGGAAAUAGUUUCUUUGUAUUAACCCUGUUAAAAUGCUCCAAUCUUCUAAACUUAAGGUAAUACAACCUACCCUUGAGGUCCUGCUGCAAUUCUGGCAAAUCUACAUUGAAGAUCUCUCUCCAAGUCCAUUAUAUAUUUCCUGAUUGGUGCUCUCUUAACUGGAGUGCUCUCAGUGUCAUUUGAUAAGGCUCCGUACAUCUGAAGCAUCAUUUCCUCAUUUUUCUUUUCCAGCAUCCUUGACAUGCAAAUAUUCUGUUAGCCAUUCUACUUUUUUUAAAAGAUGAGGAUGAAAUAAAAUAUUCUGUGCAAUAAGAUCACCUGAAAAAAGGGUUCACUUGUUUUGCUUUGAUGGCCAAUUGAACACAAAAGUUGCUGUAUACUUACUCUGAAUUACAAUAAAAUUAUAGCUUAAGCAGUGAAGCAUUAUAGCCUGUGUAUUACAUAAUGUUUUUGUGACCGUUUGUAACAGACCUCUCUCUAUAACUUCAUUUAUACUUCCACUGUCGAAUAUAUGUAAACAUGUAAUCUUAAUCAUAGUGGGGGAAAUAAAAGUCUGCACUAACCAGGAGUACUGCAGAGAAAGAGGAGAAUCAGAUAUUUCAAGAUUUGUUCAAUUAACCAACAAUUGUAUGCAGUAGUUAAUUUUCUAGAAUUUAUUUUUCUAUUAUGUAUUUUUGUUAGCACAUCAAUUAAUUGUAUAUUCCAUUGUUCUUAUAACUUACUUUUUUUGAAUAUGAAAUGUUGCUGUGUUAGUUUGUUACAUUCACUUUUACCUAUUCAGCAGCCAAAGGGAUGUAGUUUACUUGUAGUAUCAUCUACCUAUUCUCAUGCAAUGAAGAUUUGAGUAACACUUGGGACCAAAUGAUUUUUUUUUAUUAUGUUUUCAUAUGAUUAACCAGGAUGACUUAUGAACUUAACAAAUGAGCUUGAUUAUCUAAUGUUAUCAGAUUUAAACCUGGACCGUUUAGGAGAAAAAAUAUCUUGAUAUUUCUAUUACUUAUAAUUUUCUUGAUAUUCUUUGCAUUACAGAAAAUAUUUCAAUUUAAGUCCUUUGCAUGUUUUAAUAAGAAAGCAGAACGAUUCAGGCAAUUGUACUGUAUAUGUGAAAGAUAUGGUAAGGAAAAUCUACCAUGGUGUUAUGCUAUUGAAGUUUCACUGCAACUGUUUUAAAAGAUGGUA